CCUUCACAGCACCCCAUCUAUCAGACCCCGGCCCAUUGGUCUGGAGGGGAAGACCGAUGGUUUUUCGAUGUUCCAGAGUGUUUCCGCCGAAAGUCGAAUGUUUUUUUCACCGCGCGUCCACCUUACCCGCCCGCCGCACCCGCUCCAAUCCCGCGCGUCCAUCACGCAAGCACGCAGCCUUACCUCCCACCCCCGCCGCACACCUCCCAAUCCCCUCGCCUGUGCAGAUCCCAUCCAUCCCCGCCGCUCCUCCGACACCAGUCUUGCGACCCGCUCCGUCGCCGUCGCCGUCGCCGUCGCCGUCGCACGCGCGGGGAAGGGAGGCCUUCCUCUCCCGGGUCAACGCGCUCGCCGUUGUGCUCCAUGCCCGCCUGGGCGUCUCCCGUGGCGAUGUCGCGUUUGUCCUCGCGCCGCCCGGCGUCCACGUCCGGACGUCCCCGUGCUCUACUACGUGCUCAUGUCCGUCGGCGCCGUCGUGUCCCCAGCCAAUCCGACCCUCACUGCUGGCAAGAUCUCCGGCCUCGUCGCGCUCUCUGGCCUUCCGUCGCCUUCGCCGUCAAGGCCACCGCAGGCAAGCUCCCUCCCCGGCAAAGGCGGUGCGCCCCCCUGCGUCGCGGGCUCGGCGGCCAAGCCGCUCCACCACGCGGCCACGGCUUUCACACCCUCCUGCGCCGCGGCCGCGGCCGCUCCACCGUGCGCAGACGCGGCGCGGCACUGGGGGUGGUGGCGCCGGGUUCAUAAGCCCCUGGCUCUCCUCUGGAGAAGCUACACCGUCCACGCCACCCUCCAGAACACAGGUGCGCGAGCUCACCAUUUCCAUGGCGACUCAUCACUUCGAUCCGAGCAAAGGAGUGGAUCGCCUCUUGUUCGUGCUUGCCUGGUUUGAAGAUCCCAGUUGGAUUCAUCUGAUGGCCGUGCAGAAGAACGAGAAGGCAAGGAUGCGGCGGCGGCUGGUCCCCAACCUGGCCGAGCGUCUGCGGCUGUUCGACGCUGCCUCCUUCGCGCCGGCGAUUGCCGGGUGCCUGUUCUUUUGAGGAAUCGAGUGAUAAGUAGAGGGAGCAAGCUAAACAGUUGAUGGAUGAGCAAUUAUUAUUUGUAUUUCCAUAAUAGAACAGUUGAUGGAUGCCAAUACCAUUGUACCAUAAUAGAUAUCGAGAUACUGAUGUUGUUUAUGUGAUUGUGUCAUUAGAACAAAUUAGAGGAGCUUAAAAUUUUUUAAUAUGGAAUAUAUAUAAGUUACUUUUUACGACAAGUUGCAACGUAUCAUGUAGGAAACUUCGAUGGAAACUGUUAAAUCUCAUAAUUAUGUUAACAUUGUGCA